AUGGCGGGCUUCCCCGUUCCACCACCUGAACUUGCCGCCUGGAUCACAGGCAAAGUCGUCUGCAGUCUUUCUGGCCGGUUCGCCCAAACCAGAAGCGGAGUCCCGGUCGGCGCGCGGCGGCGGGAGACCGGGCUGGGGACCAAGGCGGGCCGAGUUCGCCAGGCGCCGGCCGCCGCCGCCACUAACGACCGCCACCGCCGACCGCCCACGCUCCGGGCCGCAGGCGCCUCUCCCGCCGGGAAGCCUCUCGUAGCCCCCCCAAAGGCGACCUCACCCGCUCAGCGACCCCCACUGGCGGAAUCCUGGCGCGCACCGCGCGCCGCGCGAAGACAGUCCCGGCCGUCUCUGCCGCCUCCCGGCCGCUCCCCUCCGCCCCUACCCCGGCCCCCUCACCCACUCUCGUCCUGGUUAAGGGGACCGUCCACACCCGCCCGGCAAGGGGCCCCCAGCGCAGAGCUGGCGCGCCGUCGCGUUCCCGCCUGCCGACCUAAGGAAGGAGGCAACGCACCCCCAGUACCCUCAGACCCGCGCAGCUUUCUUUUCAAAGACAAGCAACCUUCACGCGUGCAAGCCCGCCCGCCCGCCAAAAAUCAUGCACUCUCCCCAGGCGCUCUGUUUCCGUCUCCCUGUGAAGGACCGAACCUCUCUUCCCUCCUGGCGGCGGCAGCGGCGGCGGCUCGGAGCCGUGCCGAGGCAGGAACUUUACAAGGUGAAAAGUUUCCCCCACGCGCUCCGCCAGCUCUCGCCUCCCCGAGCCCACCUCGCAGCCCAUUUGCACCCGGUAGUUGGAGCUUGCUCCCGGAGGCGCGCUUCAGCCGGUGCACCCGGCAGCCAAAUAAUCACACUAAAAUCCCCACGCACCCUUGCCUGCGCCGGCGAUCCACGGCUCCACUAGGCGCUGCCUCCGUGGUCUUCCGCUCCGAGCGCUCCAGCCCAGAGCGAGCCGGCCACCCGGCCGCCGCCGCCGCCGCAGUGCCCGCCGCGCGCGCUCUGGGACUGGAGCCGCGGGCAGAGGCGCUAGGCGUUCGGGGGGCUCGCAGGCGGAGGAGGGGAGCCGGGAGGAGGAGAGCGGCAGCGGGAGGAGGGGGACGGGGCGCGAGUUCCCAAUCCGAAGCCCAGAUCACAGCGCAGCCUGCCGGGAGCAGUGCCGGCUCUCCUGUCUGCUCCGUGCCGCCGCCGCCGCCCCGCCGCCGCUACUGCUCGCCGCCUCGCUGCUCCCAGCUCCCCAUCACGGCCGACGCCGACGCACAGCCAAGCCCCUCUCUCGUCGCCCCCUCUCGCUUUUCUCUCGCUGUCUCCUCCUCCCAAACCGCGAGCGAAAAGGGCGAAGGGGAGAGAAGCCUCGGCGUCCGGGCUGACUCGCGAUCUCGGAGCGCCGCGCAGGGGGGAGAGGGGGCGGGCGGGGAGGGGGCUGUGGGAGAGGCGCGGCGAGCUGGAGGGCGCUCCCGGCGCAGGGCCUGGAAGCUGGACUAA